AUGGUGAAUGAAGAUAUUUUAAUAAAAAGACCACAUAUAUAUUUAUGUAAUUUAUUAGGAUAUGAUGAUAUAUCAAAUAUAUGUUUUUCUUUUAUUGAAUAUAAUAAUUAUAUAGACUUAAGUAAGUCAGAUAAUGAAGUGAGUGAUUUUACAUCAGAAAGUUUAUCUGAAGAUAUAUUAGAAGAUAUGGAAUUAUCAAGAAUUUCCAUAGAUAAUUUUCCAUUUAAAUCAAAUAAGGGUGAGAUUUUAAAACCGAAAUUAACUAGAUACAAUGUAAAAUUUGAAGUUGUUGAAGUAGCAAAUAUAUCAUCUGUUAAUGAAACUUUAAGUAGUAAAUAUCCAUUAUAUAAAACAAAUACAAUUAUUCCAAUAUUUGAAAUUAAAAACUCAUUAUUUGUUGGACGUAUUGGAAUUGGUACACCACCUCAAUAUUUUUGGCCAAUAAUUGAUACAGGAAGUAGUAAUUUAUGGAUUAUUGGUGAUAAUUGCAAUCAACCAAGUUGUCAAAAAGCUAGACGUUAUUUACCAUUUACUUCUAGUACAUUUAGACUAUUUGAACCAUCUAGAAGAUUAUCAGUAAUGUUUGGUACUGGCAAGAUAUAUGGUAGAUUAGCAUAUGAAGAUAUUAUAUUUGGUAAUUUUAAACUAAAAAAUCAGAUAUUUGGUAUGGUUGAAGAAGAAAAGAAUACUGAAAGUAUUGAUAUCUUUGAUACAAUAUUAUUUGAAGGUAUUAUUGGUCUUGGAUUUUCUCAUAUGUCUGCAACACCAAAUUUACAACCACCUUUAAUGGAGAGAUUAGAAGAAGAAGGAGUUAUAAAUCAAAAUAUUUUUGCUUUUUAUAUAAAUGAUUAUAGAUUAAAACCUUUAGUUUCUGAAUCAGAUGCAUUGUCAAAUCCUUCUGCAUUAUUAUUACUUGGUGGAGUUGAUGAAAGACUUUAUAAUAAACCUCUUAGAAUGCUUCCUGUUGUUCGUGAACAUUAUUGGGAAGUUGAAUUAGUAUCUUUAUAUAUUGGAGAUACUAAAUAUUGUUGUGAUUAUGGUUCUUUAGCUUAUGAAUGGCAAAAAGAUCAGGAUGAAUAUUUAUUUAAGAAAUAUGGACUAUAUGAGGAUUUAUCAAUGGAUUAUUUUGUGGGUAAUAAAACAAAAGAUAAGAAAUCAAUGACUGGGUAUGUAAUAUUUGAUUCUGGUACAUCACUUUUCACUUUGCCUAAUUAUGAAUAUCAUUAUUUUAUUAAGAAAUAUCCACCAUUUGGUGAUUGUUCCCAACUUCACUUAGAUGGCAAAAAAUUAAGUAGUAAACUUUAUGAUUACUUUCCUUCAAUAACAUAUGAAUUUAUAAAUAAUACAAAAAUAGUAAUAACUCCAGAAAUAUAUUUGAUUCCGGAUGAAAAUGGUAAAUGUAAACCUGGUUUUAUGCAAAUAGACAUUCCUGGUGAAUAUGGGCAUGCAUACAUUUUAGGUUCCCUUUUCAUGAGAUCUUAUUUCACUGUAUAUGCAAAGAAUAUUCCAAAUAUUGGAUCAGCUGUUGGAAUUGCUAAAGCUAUUCAUAAUAAAGAAACACGUAAAUAUAUUUUUUCUAGAUUAGCAUCCCAAAAUCAGACAUUUGUUAUUCCUGAUGAUGAUGAAGUUGAAGAAUAUUGGAUUAAGCGUAAUGGUAGAUUAGCUGAGACUUGGAAAUUUGAAGAUAUAUUGAAUUUCUUUGAAUAA